AUUACAUUACAGUCAUUUGUUUUAUUAUUCUAGAGAGAGAAGACACACAAGAGGAGUCUAGAGAGAGAGAGAGUGUGAAGAGUAUUUCAGAAGCUCAGUGCUUCCCUGAUUUUGAGGUAGAGAGUGAGAGAGAGGAGGAGUGGAGUGCAAGUUUCACAGAGAGAGACACACACACACACCGCUUGUCAUUUCUUUUCUUUCUUUACUGCAUUUGGGGCCUUCUCUCUUUCAAAAACCAUCAUCUCUCUCAAGUUUUCCAGAGCAGUGCUGAAACAGACACACAAAAGCCAGAAAAAGAGGGCUUUUUGGUGCCCAAUUGGGGAUUUUGAGAUAAUGCUGAGGAAGAGGACCAGGUCAACUCAGAAGGAUCAAGAUCAACACCAAAUGGGGCAUCUGCCGAUUUCUAAUGCUGGGUCUGAGUCACAUUUCCGGUCUGAUGUUCUUGGACCGAAUCCCAAAAGCAACUCUUUUUUCACUGUCCCUGGUCUGUUUGUGGGGUUGAGUCCUAUAGGUUUAACAGAUUCUGAUUCAGUUAGGAGCCCAACUUCGCCUCUGGAUUUCAGGGUGUUUUCGAAUCUAGGCAGCCCCUUUAGGUCCCCAGGAUCACCUCUUGAUGGGCAUAAGAGGAGCUGGGGUUGUAGUAAAGUAGGCUUAAGCAUCAUCGACUCUCUUGAUGAUGAUGCCAAGUUUUCUGGGAAAGUUCCUAGAUCAUCAGAGAGUAAGAACAUUCUUUUUGGACCUGGGAUGAGGACUAAAACCCGAGAUUCUCAAUCCAAUACCAAUUCUAUUGGGUCACCUAGAUCUCUGCCUAAGAAUUAUGCAAUUUUCCCUCAUUCCAAAGUCAAGUCUCCUUUACAAGAGAGUAGCUCUGAUGUUGUUUUUGAAAUUGGAGAAACACCAUCAGAACCUGAGUCAUUUGGAAAAAUAAGGUCUUGCUCACUGGAUUCUGCUAGGACUUUUUCAACCCUAUCAGGUUUAAGCAAGCUUAACCCCAAUUCCACUACUGGAAAUUUUUGCUUGGAGAAUUUAACCAACCCACAAUUUAUUGGAGGAAGCCCCAACUCAACCACGCAAAUGACUGUUGGAUCCGUUGGUUCUGGCAAUGGGUUUGUUGGGUCUCUCUCAGCUAGUGAGAUUGAGCUUUCUGAGGAUUAUACCUGUGUAAUUUCUCAUGGUGCCAAUCCUAAAACAACUCAUAUCUUUGGUGACUGCGUUUUGGGAUGCCACUCUGAAGAUUUGAGCAAUUUUGGUAAGAAUGAGAAGAUGGAAAUUGGAUCACCUCAGCUGGCUACGAGCUUGGGGAGUUUUGUUCAGUACCCCUCAAACAAUUUCCUGAGCUUCUGCCACUACUGUAACAAAGAACUGGAAGAGGGGAAAGACAUUUUCAUAUACAGGGGUGAGAAAGCAUUUUGCAGUUUGAGUUGCCGCUCUGUGGAGAUUUUGAAUGAUGAGGAAUUGGAGCAGUGCGAUGACGAAUCUUCUGAAAAGCCUCUCGAGUCAGAUGAUGGCAAGGAACUUUUUUUCGAAACUGGCCUCAUUGCUGAUAAAUAAGAGAUUACUCCACCACCACCACACCAUGUUUGAUGAGACCUGUUAAUAUAGGCAGACGCCCCUGAUCAUCUGUAUACGAAGAGCUGUUUGUGUGCAUCGCUUGGCAGCCAUGGAUGAUCGUUUUGUACAUGUUUGUGUUUGCUAAUUGUGUUUCAGCUUUCAUGGUCUUGGUGGAUUAUAGGUAACUAGUUUUACUUUCCAUAAAUUAGACAUUGAUGUAUGCCAUCAAAGUACUAUACAUUACUGCCUGUAAUUCAUGUGGAAGGGUGAAAGCCGACUUUUUUGGCUUCCCCAUUUUACUACUUCAACCUGGGUCUUUCGGUGACAAGAGUUGUGUAAUCAUGAACCAGUUUUUGACUGAAUUUAUUAAGCACUAUUACCAAUA